GAGAAAGAAGCAUCAAGUGUUUCAUUUGAAAUGAACGCCGAUUUUAAGAAAGCCAUUUAUAAAGUUUCAAUAACCCUGAGCACAUUAAUAUACAAUAUCGCAAGACUCUCGACUAUCAGAGAAAUGCAUCAAUAGAACACAUAUUUUUUUAUAAACUCUUGUCCCACCUGAUCGAAACACAUCAAAUAAAUCAACAAAUAUAUGAUAUUGAUGAACAGCAGAAACUGAGUAAAAAGAAAGAUUACGACAAUAAAAUGUAUGCCAGAAUUUUUGAGCUACUCUUUUCAGAUAGAAAUGAUAUACAAAUAAAGAGGUAAGUUUAGAUUUUCAUGUUAAACACACAGAAGAAUAACAUUCCUGACUUUUAUAGCGGAGAUACAAAAAUGAAUAAGUUCAAAAUUGACUAUCGAGUCAGCUUUUAUUACAAAAAUUCGUUCAUAGAUGUAUCAAAUAUCGAAGUGGGUAGAGCUGCUACCACUAUCAAAGUGAAGAACGAUCAUUUUAAACUGAUCCUGGAAGCCAAAAUAAUCUUCAAAAACAUCAUCACCAAGUUCAAUUUCAUUAAUCCAACAGAUAUCAAAAUCCAAUCUAUUCAGUUAUGUGGGUUAAAAGGCGACUGUUUGAGAUCAACAAUGAUGAAACCCAAGAAUAUUGUUGUCUACAGGGUUAAUGAUAGAUUGCGAAUUCCAUUGAACCGGAAUGAUAGCCAAAAAACCGAAGAGUUAUUCAGUUCCUUGUUAUAUUAUAAAGGUCAAAUUGAAACGACUGUAGACACAAUCAAAAAAUAUAUCAAUGAAAACAACGAUCGACGAUUAUCAUUUGAAAGAGCUCUUGGUGGGAAAAAAAGAGAAAUUAUAACUUAUGAAGAAUGGGUUGAUUGGAGUAAUGAAAAUUUAAUGAGUGAAAAUUAAAAAAUAGCAUUAAAAUAACAGUUUUUUGUAGUUAUUGCUAUGUUUUCAAGAUGCUGUAUGAGUAGUUCUCUUGAGCAUUAACAUUUCAAUUGGAAUACGCUCUGUUAACUAUUUUCUGUGGUUAUUGCAAAUCAAAACUAAUCAAUUCAAUAUUGAAGAACUUCAAACCUCUCUCUGCCUUCCUUCGCGAAUGGCUGGGGUAGGCAAUAGUGUAGCUAUUAUGCGCGCUUUUUAAGUGUAAACAGAGAUAUAAUUUUAUGAAAACACGCUGAUAAUUCUUUUCCGGCGCGGCGAAAUACGUGGGUGUCUCGUCGUAGCCAAGUAUGACGUCUUUUCCUGGAAAACACGCAAAAAUAAACGAAAAGUAAUAUGUGUCCCAUAUCUCUAGUAAAGAUGCGUUUCUGUAUCAUUGCGAAUU